AUGCGACCCCCCUCUGAAGUAGAAGUCGUCGAUGCCAUACGAAAGUUGCGCAACAAUAAGGCACCCGGAGAGGACGGUAUACCCGCUGAAAUCUUCAAGUCUUGUGUCGACACUCUGGCGCCCUGGCUCCAUGAGGUGAUUGAACGAGCGUGGAGAGACGAGGUUGUUCCUGAUGACUGGGGCUUAGGCAUCCUUGUACCUAUCCUCAAGAAGGGAGAUAAGACGAGAUGCGAGAACUACCGCGGCAUAAGUCUCAUCGGCGUUGCUGCGAAGAUCUUUGCUAUCAUCCUACUCAGGCGAUUCCAGGCUGUGUGGGAAUCAAGGACGAGGUCCAACCAAGCCGGAUUUCGUGCUGGACGUGGAUGCGCAGACCAGAUAUUCACACUGAGGCGCAUUCUCGAAUUUCGCCAUAGCUACCAACAACCGACGGCCGUCUGCUUCAUUAACUUUGCCGCCGCGUUCGAUUCCGUUCAUCGGCUAGAUCAGGCAUGA